GAUGUUAAUAUUGCGCGGGUUUAUCUGCUUGGGCCUGGUUUACUCUGUGACUGCUGAUACAGAACUGGAUAAAAAGAAAAGUGCAAAAUUACCACCGUGUGGAUCCUGUACAAACCUAGUUGCAUCAUUUGAAAAGGGACUUGAACGAACAAAACGAGGAAAGUUCGAAGGUGGGGAUACCGCCUGGGAGGAGAAAACUCAACCGAGAUAUGCAACCAGCGAAGUUCGAUUAAUUGAAAUUGGAGAAGAUCUUUGCAAGGAUGUGGAGAGAGGAGAGACACAGUGUCACGCGUUGCAUAAUGAUUGGGAGGAACACCUUGAAACCUGGUGGAAAAUGGAUGAAGAGAGUAAACCGACCCUUCGUCAGUUCCUCUGUGUAGACACCGUCAAGGUUUGUUGCCCUAUCGAUCAUUUUGGUCAAAACUGCGAUAAAUGUUCCGUGGUCGGUUCAAACGGGAAAAUUUGCUCCGGAAAUGGAAAAUGUAAAGGUUCUGGUACACGGAAAGGGAACGGUCAGUGUUCCUGUGAUAAGGAAUAUUUUGGAACACAUUGUGACAAGUGUUCCAUAGGUCAUUAUAGUUCCUACAAGGACGAGAACACUGAAAUAUGUUCCGCUUGUCACAAGGCCUGUGCUGAUCAUUGUACUGGACCUGGACCUAAAUCCUGUGCCAAGUGUGCAGCAGGAUAUGAGAUGGAUACUGAACAUGGAUGCACAGAUAUAGAUGAGUGUAUAAUCAGCAGACCAUGUACCAAGGAUAAGUUCUGUGUUAACACUGAAGGAACUUUCAGAUGUUUAAAGUGUGAUAAGUCAUGUGACGGGUGUGACGGGGACGGACCGGACAACUGCGCAGCCUGUGCUGAAGGAUUUACCCUGAAGGACACUGUCUGUGUUAAGGACAAGAUCCCUGGUAGGUUCUUUAGUAUAGAUAACACCAGGUACUUCACCUAUGUUGGCCUGGUUGUCGCCACAGCCAUCAUCUUCCAUCGGUCCUGGGUUCUCGCUAGCGUAGUCGGGGCUCUUGUCUCUAUGUAUAUAGGGUUUACAGAGUACUACCUGGCCAACAAUGAUAUGAAUGGAGAUCUUCAACCUUCCAUUAUUCAAUAAUUCGAUUUUCCUCCGAAUAAUUAAGGGUCUGACCAUGAAUUUAAUAAGAGUGUAUGGAGCAGAUGGUCAGAGACCGAAUUUAAUAAAAUUGAGCUACGUCGCUGAACUGAAAAAUGCCGGUUCAAACUUGAGCCACCAAUUCCAAGUAAAAGGUCCGUUGAGAAUGGAUUUAAAUCGGCGGUAGGCAGUUUAAAUACAUUAAAAGUAAAAGUUAACCCUAACAAUUUCAGUCUGCCAUUGUCCAUUGCUGAGGAGUUUUAAAAAUACUCUGAAUUAUAAACAAUAAACAUGGGAUUAAAUUCAGUCCUAUACACUCUUUGGAAAUUUAUGAAUAUUCUCUUCAAUAAAUUAAUUUUGGACCAUGACUAGGUAACGUCAUUUUUUAACGCUUAUCCAUCGUAGCAGAUAUUGUUUUCAUCACGCUUUUCUUGAUAAAAGUCAAUUUAAAUCUAAAAAGAUAUUCUUAUCUUUUUGUGGCUUUUUGGAUAAACCUAAAGUAUUAUUUUGAAUUUGUUAAAUUCUCAGUUGAACCACAACCUACUUAAAUCUAGUCACAGUGCUGUAAAUAAAAUGUUUUUUUUUUGUGUAAUUAUAACCAGUUUCGCGUGUUAUCCUUUUUCACCAACAUUUGGGUGAUACAAUUUUGUAAAAUUUGUAAUGAUAGUUCAAAUAAAGUUUAAAUAAAUUA